UCCACCGUCACCGCACGCGUUCAACAAUGAAAACAAACUAAACACACAAUACAAAAAAAAACAAACACGGCAACAAAUUGUCAAAAAUGUUCUAAAUUCAAAAGUUUUCAUAGACAAUUCGAAUUGAAUUCAAAAUAAAUAUAUAUUUGAAAUAAAAGUGAAAUGAAAGUGAAACUUUUGGAGCACUGACCGGCCAACAUGCAGUGUGGAUUGAAAGUGUUUCUGUUGAUAGCAACAUGUGUCGUCGUAGGCGACGCGUCGAAUGCUCUCAGUGUUUACCGUAACCCGUACAAAAAUAUUAUGUUCAUACCCAAAAAUGUCUACCGCAACAGAGCCAGACAGUCCAGAGUGUUGUUUCUGGACGAAGACGAGAACCAACAGCCGUUCGGAAAGGGAGAAAUCGAUUUGACACUCGACAAGAAUUCCAAUUCGAAAUUCAAAUUCGACGAGACCGAUUAUGAAUUUACAUCUCCCGAUUCUGGGACGGACUCUCCCAUAAAACCGCCAGAGAACUUGCCGUCCGGUAACGAGAGAUUUUACGAGCCCCUUCCACGGUUUCGGCCGUUUUCUUACCCCAAAUACUACAACGGACGGUUCAGCCGUCCGUAUGCCCCAAAUUUCGGCUUUGAAUACCAGCCGUUCGCGCCAGCAGUGCGGACUAGUUAUUACCCGGUGAACGGUUGGAAAGCUAGGAGCCCGCGUGUGGUUUUCCCGUACCAAGAGACGGGAAACUCUGUGCAAACGAACGCACAUGGUGGGGGGUUCGAUAAUGUUGUGUUCCGGGAACAGAACUUUGGACUUAACGACGCUGAUGAACAGCUGCAGGAUAUUGGUACGGGGGAUGCUGAUGCAUUCGCAGAGAGAGAUGCCAACGAUCCACAUCGAGCUCAAUUCGACGUUACACAGAACGUAACAAAAAAACUCAAAGGAAUAACACUAGAGAAACCCAUGUUCGUACAAACGGACGGAAGAACCAUAUCAUAUUUGAGAAGGAACGAUUAUUACGUAUUUCCUAAUACAACACAAAAACUGCCCAAGUUCAAACCUAUAUCUGACGAGCAAGUGAUGAAAAUCAAUCAGAUACUAAAAGAAUUAUUGAAUAGUACAAACAAACAUACAAACAAAGUGAGAAAAGGCCGCCUAAUAGAUAGUAGUGUAAGUGAUACGAAUAUUGAAGCACUAACGAUGCCUAUAAAGGCUACAGAGGAUCGACAAGACGACAAAAGGUGCUCGCAAGGCGGGACCUGUGAGUUCUUUAUCUACUGCUGGAUGGUUGGGGGACUUCUAGAAGGUUCUUGUGGUGGUCUGCUGAAAGGGUGCUGUCACAGAGUCGCGAAAGCUGGUUUACUCGGAGUUCACGAUUCGAACAGCAUAGAUUUCGCAUCGAACGAAGGAUUGAGUUACGGACCAGUUAUAAAUGAUGAAAGUUGUGGCAUAGCGGUCAGCAAACAAACAGCCCAAAGAAGAAUAGUUGGCGGCGAUGACGCGGGAUUUGGCACUUUUCCUUGGCAAGCCUACAUCAGGAUAGGAUCUUCCAGAUGCAACAUGCUUAUGUCCAUUUUCGAGCUAAUCGGUUGGAAGCAGUGUUGGAUAGAGAGGUGUGGCGGUUCGCUCAUAUCCCGCCGGCACGUGGUCACGGCGGGACACUGCGUUGCACGUGCCCAGCCACGCCACGUGCGCGUUACGCUUGGCGACUACGUCAUAAACUCAGCGGCUGAACCGCUGCCUGCUUACACGUUCGGAGUUAGAUCAAUUAAAGUACAUCCGCUGUUUAAAUUCACACCACAAGCGGAUAGGUUUGAUGUGGCGGUGUUAACGCUGGAUCGGAAUGUGCAUUAUAUGCCACAUAUAGCUCCAAUCUGUUUGCCUGAACGAGGAUCUGACUUCCUCGGCCAGUACGGCUGGGCUGCCGGAUGGGGAGCCCUCAGCCCUGGGUCCAGGCUUCGGCCUCGGACGCUCCAAGCAGUCGAUGUACCAGUGUUGGAUAACCGAGUUUGCGAAAGGUGGCAUCGAGCUAAUGGUAUAAACGUAGUUAUAUAUCCAGAAAUGCUUUGCGCCGGAUACCGCGGUGGAGGGAAGGACAGCUGCCAAGGCGAUAGCGGAGGACCCCUCAUGCUAGAAAGAGCCGGCAGAUGGUACCUCAUCGGAGUAGUCUCCGCUGGGUACUCCUGCGCUAGUAGAGGUCAACCUGGCAUUUACCAUAGAGUCGCCCAUACUGUAGAUUGGAUCUCACAUGCAACCACACUCUCAUAGCAGUCCACCGCUCUCACAGAAGUACAUCAAAAUAAUAACAGCCCGUUUUAAUUGUAGUAGUCCAUAAAUAAAUAAAGAGUCACUACAUUAGUAGUCUGUCACUAAAUUAAAAGUCAGUCACUAAUCAGUAGUUUGUCUCAGCAUUAGUAGUCCAUAACUACCAUAAAUAAGAAAUCCAUCCCUACAUUAGUAGCCCAUCACUACAUUAAUAGUCUCAUCACUACAUUCAUUAGCAGUCCUUUACUUAAUAAAUUGUCCAU